AAAGGCCAUGCGUUAGUAGGUCAAAGUACACAUAAGCGCAUUUGGUGGUUGAGACAGUCCGUAACAUUUUCUCGAAGGCUUUUUCUCAUGUGGUCGCACGUCUCACUUCACGCGGGAGCCACUCGUUCGAUGAACUUUCCACCGGCGAAGGCUGCGCAAACGCCUCCAGGCGCGACAAGCGCACGCCAGUCUCUACACACAAUCCCCGAGUGGUUGACGUUGUUGUAACUUUUUCUCGUGAUUCCGCGAUUUUCUCACGACCAGUUAAUGCUCAUACUAGUACACUAGUGAUAUAAGUGAAGUGAUCGUACAGUGGAUAUCGCCAGUGGUUACUGUUAAUAAAUAAGAAAUUAAAUCUGUAUUGCGGAAUGAUAAACGGACUUGUGAAGGAACAUCGACUGCCGAAGUCUACUAACCAAAUCAGUGACCACUAAUGUGUGGGUCAGGUGUGUCGCGAUGCGGGAGGAGGACCUGGAGGUGGCACUCAAGGUGGUGAUCGUGGGCGACGGCGGCGUGGGGAAGUCCAGCAUGAUACAGCGAUACUGCCGGGGCACCUUCACCAGGGACUACAAGAAGACUAUUGGAGUGGACUUCUUGGAGCGACAGAUUGAGAUCGACGGCGAGGAAGUCCGGCUGAUGCUAUGGGACAGCGGGCAGGAGGAGUUCGACGCCAUCACGAAGGCGUACUACCGCGGCGCACACGCAUGCGUGCUCGCCUUCAGCACCACAGACCGAGACUCCUUCCUCUCACUACACUCUUGGAAACUCAAGGUGGAGAAUGAAUGCGGGGAAAUCCCGACAAUCAUAGUUCAAAAUAAAAUUGAUUUAAUGGAUCAAUGCGUCGUUGGACCAGACGAGGCGGAGCUGGUAGCGCGAGCACUAGGCUGCCGACUGAUGCGGGCGUCAGUCAAGGAGGACGUGAAUGUGGGCGCGGUGUUCCGAGCGCUGGCGGCGCGGUGCUUGUCCGACAUGCGGCGUGACGACGCUGAUGCGUUGCCGCCGUGUCAGGCGCCUGUUAUAGGUAGGAUGCCAUUAAUAAGUACUAUACUGAUAGAUAAAAAUGCGCGGGCCCUGGGCUCUCGACUGAUGCGGGCGUCAGUCAAGGAGGAUGUGAAUGUUGGCGCGGUGUUCCGAGCGCUGGCGGCGCGGUGCUUGUCCGACAUGCGGCGUGACGACGCUGAUGCGUUGCCGCCGUGUCAGGCGCCUGUUAUAGGAACAUUUACAAACCACAACAGCAACGGUACGAUCCUGCUGCGGCCGACCAAGCACCGGCCGGGAGGCAAGAAGAAGAAUGUCCUGCGAAACGCUUGCAGACUACUGUGAUCAAGACAAUACUGCUCAACUUUAACAUAAUUAUAAAUACUUCAAGCAAGAUUUCACCUGGAAAGGGAACAGAACAGAAUAUUGGAAAAGACACCCCGAAAGUACCCAUCUGAAUUUCAAAGGGUAUUGGACAGUUUUUGAACAUACAGGAUUAGUUUUCUAUGUAAAGGAAGCAUAAAUGUAAUUGGAAAUUAAUUGGUAUAUGAUUGGUAAAAAUCUAUUGUUCUCCAUUUAAAUUGUAACAAAAUUAUCCAGAAUUUAAUCAAAGGUCCAGAAGAGACCACAAUUUUAGUCGAAUAAGAAAGCUGUUUAGUCAUAUUUUAAUGUUUUCUAGUUAGUUUAUAUUGAAAUAACAAAUCUAUGUAAAUAUUUUGUACUUAUCUAACUAUUCAUUUUAUAAAAAAAUAAAUUAUUUGCA